GUAACCGAAGAGGAUGGUUUUCAGAUAACGUAACCGAUAUCUCAAUUUGUGAAUGGACAUGUAUGGUACAGACUGAUUUGAGAAUUAAAUGAAUUUCAAGCCAUUGAUAGAGAAAACAAAAUGAAGGAUAAAAUAUUCGCACUAUUUCUCUCAACCUGCCUAACAUACAUAGCUGGACAACCGGAUCCAUCUGUCUGCGUUGGACAAACUCCUGGACCAAACGAUCCACAGUUACCACCAAGCUUGCCGAGCGUGUUCGAGGUGCACGUGGAAGCCAAUAUUAAAAACCGGAACUACACUUCCGAGUACCAUAUCUGGUACGACCAGGUCCAUAACCAGGUGGCUACUCGCGUCGACAAUGGUGGCAAUAAAAGUGAGGACCUGUACAGAUUUGACACAAACGAGUUUUAUCACGUCGACAGAGACAACGGCGUGUGUAUUGUGCAGCCUUUGUCUAAAUCGCCACAACUGUUCCUCUUUGGUACAGUUACAAGCGACAUAGCGACAAUGAAAACGCCAAACCAAUUCCUUCAUUUCAACGAGGCAGAUAUUCAUCAGAAAUGGAUAAAUCAAACUGUAGUUCGUGGCAUCACGUGCAAUUUGUGGCGUUCCUGUUUGUACUGGGAGAACACGAAAACAACGAUGGUCGUGGAUUGGUACUUUAGCGUACCAGUUUGGACAACAAGCCGACUGUCACCUCAACUUCCGGUGCGAGCGCAUGUUUAUGGCUCCACCGUAAUGCCUAAGGGUACGACAAGGCUAUUUGAUCAUAUGUAUGAGUUUUCGGACUUUAAUCCUAAGCCAGACAGUCAUGACACUGCCUAUCAGACCCCUGCCGGUGUGUACUGUCAAGGGGCGAAAAAUAUUAAGCCGCUGCCGACGCCGUCAUCAACGUUUCAUUUCUCAUCGGAGAUUAUCGCCGACACCGACAAAACCGUAUCUGUAAUUAAGGAAUGGUACGACAGGGACCUGAACCUUAUCCGGUACGAUUACAUCCCAACAGCUGACUCGGGGUAUGGGUUAGUGCCAUUGACACAGGUCCACGAUUUUACCACAGGCGUGGCAUACAUAACUGACGCAUCUAGGGGAAACUGUACGGCGAAACCUAUUUCUAAUAGCGGUUUUGACGCAAAAAACGUAGACCCAAGCCAUGUGAGGAUACGAACCUCGAACGAAUUCUUCUAUCUUGAUAAAGGAACUUAUAUAUAUGAAGGACAGAGACAGGUACGAGGUAUAACAAGCGAUGUGUGGAUAGCUCAAAGGAAUGACUGGCCGAUUCCUGGUGCGGGUAACUCAACGUGGGAAUGGUAUUUUGCAUCAGCAAACUAUUCUGCUAAUCAGCAACAAACGUUAACGUUUGGUAUUCCCGUGCGAAUGGUGUUGGAUGCCCCCGGACUAGAGAAGUACAUCUACAAUAUUUUUGACUACAGUGAGAAAAGGCCAAUGAUCUGGUCCUACGACAUCAGUAAUUGUUUCAACUACACUGAGCGACGUGACUUCUCUUUCAAAUUGCAAGGAAGUUUCAGAGACUUAGUCUAUGGCAACAUGGAGUUAUUCCGGUAUGCUGUUCUCAGGCCCAUAGUCCAUGCGGGUUCCACCAAUAGUUUGACACUGUCAGCACUUAGAGUUUACAACAUUCAGAUUGAUUAUCAAGAUGACAACGAUAUUAUCGUACAGUUCACUUUAUUAGACAAAGCCCCGCUAGUAGGUGAUGUAAGUAACCCUAUGCAAGAAAACAGCCUCGAUGUGGUGGCGAAGUCUAUUUCCGAUGCCAUAAAUAGUGGGCAGCUUAUUGUACAAUUGCAAGCUCCAAAGAUGGUUAGCCUCGUUGCCAAACCCUACUCGUUAUCGCCUGGUCAUUAUCAUAGGCAGAUAAUUGACAACAGGAGUUUCCGGUAGCAAUCAUUAGUGCUGUGGUGUAUGUCUGGUCUAACAGAUGUUCGUUUUCGUUAUUCAAGUGGACGCUUCAUAUAUCUUCUAUAGGAGGCAAAGCAGCAUAUGUUGACACAAAAUAUAUUUUUAUAAUACAUGUACAGGCAUGACAUCUACUGUUUAUUCCUUCUCUCUGGUGCAAGCCUAUUCCAUGAUUUAUUUUUAAAAAUAAGACAAUGACAUUGAUAUUAUACAACCGUCUAAAGAACAGUGGUAGGUAAAUCUCGGCAAGACUUUUAUUUAUUAAUUGUCAUAUAUUAUCCGUUGUCAAUGUCAGCGGGUUU